AUGCUUCCGCCGAACCUUCCGCCACGGCCGCGGCGCGGGCGGGAGCGGAAGCGGAAGCAGCGGUUUCGGCUUCGUGCGGUCGGGGGGAAGCGCGUACAUGCCGCCCACGACGAGGACGACGAUACAGCGGAUAUCGAAUGCCGCGAUGACGGGGACGCGGGGGGCGCCACUACCACUGGUUUCGGGGAAGGAGAAGACGACGAGGGAAACCGACGAGCGGCGGCGGCGGAAGAGGAGGAGGAGGAUCCUCUCGACGCGUUCAUGUCGGGCAUCGAGCGGAAGGUGAAGGAGGACGCGGUCGCCGCCACCACUCGCGCAGCAGCGGCGGCGGCGGGCGCGAAGGGCGGGGGGUCGGGAGAAGCGGCAAAGCCGGAGCGCGCGGAGGAGGAGGAGGCGGAUCUGCUCGACUCGUUCCUCCGCGCGCGCAAGAGCGCGGGGAUGUUGGUGGCGGCGGAGGCGGUGAUGGGGCGCGGGUACGACUCGGACGAGGAGGUCUACGCCGCCGCCAAGGCCGUCGACGCCGCUGCCGCCGCCGCCGCCGCCGCAGGUGCUGCGGGCGGCGUGGCUGGGUCCGCGUUAGAGAACGACUUGGACGAUAAUCCGAUAGUGGCCAACUCGCAGCCGACGUGGCGGCGCGGCUCGCGUCGCUCUCAAUCCGCACGUCGGGCUUCGACGUGCCGCGGCCGAUCAGUGCGUUCGCGCACGCCGCGCCCCCCCCCGCUGAUGGGCGCAGUGCGCAAGCACGGCUACUCCGCGCCCACGCCCAUCCAGUCCGCCGCGCUCCCCAUCAUCCUCAGCGGCCGUGACGUCAUCGGCGUCGCGAAAACCGGCUCCGGAAAAACCGCCGCGUUCAUCGCGCUGAUCUGCGCGCCGACGCGCGAGCUGGCCGCGCAGAUCCACGCGGAGGCGAGACGAUUCGCGAAACCCCUAAACCUCCGUGUCGCGGGCGUGUUCGGCGGGAUGUCGAAAUUCGACCAGUUUAAAGAGCUCAAGGGCGGGGUGGAGGUGGUGGUGGCGACGCCCGGGCGGCUGAUCGACAUGCUCAAGAUGAAGGCGCUGUCGCUGCGACGCUGCACGUUUCUGGUGCUGGACGAGGCUGAUAUGAUGUUCCACCUGGGCUUCGAACCACAGGUGCGGGCCAUCGUGGCGCAGAUCCGCCCUGACCGCCAGACGCUGCUCUUCUCCGCCACCAUGCCGCGCCGCAUCGAGCGCCUCGCCCGCCACGUGCUCACCCACCCCGUGCGCAUCACCGUUGGGGAGGUGGGCGCUGCCAACGCCGACAAGCAGCGUCUGGAGUUUCGCCACAAGCUGUUCGCCCUGAGGGAGGACCGAGUCAUGCCGCCCGCCACCUUCGCCCACCUCGUCAGCUCCAUCCUCUACGAGCGCAGUGAGGAGUGCCCCGAGUUUGGUGUAGCGGGGACGGCGGACGAGUCGUUGUUCGGCGCAUGCGAGUCGUACUGGCAGCCGAGGCUGCAGCCGGAGGAGCUUUUUGAAACCAUUUCCCAGGCGCUGCUGGCCGCUGUGGACAGGGACGCGCUCAGUGGAUGGGGGGCUACUGUCCAUGUCAUUACUCUUGACAAAAUUACGGUAUUACUCGCACACUUGAAGGCCGGAUGGAUUGAUGGCUCGAGAUGGGGAGAUGGAACACUUUUGUGUUUCUAG